GUUAGUGCGAGUUUUACCGUCGUCGGUGCUGUUUGUGCAGGCAGUGUCUCGUUAGAAUAACUAUUAACCCUAGAUCCUUCUGGCGUUUCGAAACAGUUUUUCUUGUUUGGUGCGGGCUGUGUUUCUCUUACAGCAAAAGUAGUAUUUUUUUUAUGUCUGUGGAAAGUUUUUUGGUGCAUAUCAAAGUUGGCCUAUCAUCGUCGUUCGGUCUCGCGGUGAUUGGUGCAUCUGGUGAAGCAAGGCCUACUACCUACUCCUCCGCGCAAAGUGUGAAACUGGGCUGUGCAAGUCGAAGAGUGUGUUGAAGAAAAAGGAGCUGUUCUUGUGGGCUGCUGCGAUCUGCUAUAGAGUGAGCAACGAGUGGGAAUUGUUGCUUGUGUUUGUGUUUUUUUUUUAUGUGAAGAAAAUCAGAAAAGCAUAAAAGCGUGGAAAGUUUACUGAAAUUUUCGCUCCAGCCGCGCUGUGCGAGUCGAAGUGUUUGUGUGUGUUUUGUUAUUAUUAUCAUCGUCAUUUUUUUUUAAUCCGUCUGAGCGAUCAACGAGAUCGACUCGAGCAGUUGAGCGCGCCCGUUCGUUGGCCGGUGCGAAGGAAGUGAAGGGAAGGAGCGAGUGAGCCAGCAAAGCGAGUCACCAGUCAGAGCCCUGCGGCAAUCGAAGCAGCAAAAUGCGCGAAUUCAAGGUCGUUGUACUGGGCUCCGGUGGAGUUGGCAAAUCGGCCCUCACCGUGCAGUUCGUGUCCGGUUGCUUCAUCGAAAAGUACGACCCGACGAUCGAGGAUUUCUAUCGGAAAGAAAUUGAGGUGGACAACUCGCCCUGCGUGCUAGAAAUCUUGGACACUGCCGGCACCGAACAGUUUGCAUCGAUGCGGGAUCUGUACAUUAAGAACGGUCACGGCUUUAUCGUCAUGUACUCGCUAACGAAUCACCAGACAUUUCAGGACAUCUCCAGUAUGCGAAAUGUGAUCAGUCGUGUGAAAGGUAGUCAGCCAGCACCAAUCCUCCUAGUCGCCAAUAAACUAGAUUUAGAUUGCCAAAGAGAAGUUUCGACAGCCGAAGGAAGCGCCCUCGCCGAGCUGUGGGACUGUCCGUUCAUCGAAGCCUCCGCCAAGGACCGAAUCAACGUGAACGAAGUGUUCGCCACCGUCGUCCGGGAAAUGAACAUGACCUCCGAGAAGCGCCAGAAGAAGAGUUACUGCUGUUGUACAUUAUUAUAGAAGUGGCAUUAAAGGCGUAAUUUUAACCAAAACCCCACUCCCACCACCUCCACCACCUUCACCUCAUUCCCCAAAAACGCAAACAGUCCAAACCCCCUUCCCCCCUACCUCCCGUCGUCUUUAAUUCGUAAAUAUAAUUAAUUAAUUGUAAUGGUAAAUCAAUUUUUGCAAACGGAAGGGCCAGAGCGGACAGAAGCCGGAAAAUCGAUCUAUCAGCUCGGUUAGGCAGGUGAAUUCGCGGUUUUCGUUUUCAUAUCUUAAAAGAAAAUGAAAUCCGAUUGCAGUUGAGCAAUUAUGGCUGGCGAAAAAAAAGAACGGUUUGAGCAAGAAAAAAACUAAAUCCUGGAAAACAAACUGGAAAUUAUAUACAUAUUAAAUGUAAUGAUAAUAAUUAAUGGUAACUUAAAAUGUACACCGAUUGCGGUUAGGGAUAAACGAAAAAAAAAUGGAAACAGUGAGAGAGCGAGAGCGCGCGAAUGCGAAAUGGGAAGUGAACGGAAGAGCGGAAGGAUUUUCUUUUUUUAUUAAGAUGGAUGUACAAUAAAUGGAAAGGGAAAAUGAAACCACAAGAAUCAAGGGAAGCCAGAAAGGAUUGUGAAGCAAAACGGAAAGGAUAUACUCUAGCUUAAGGAAAGGUGGAAAACCGAAGAAGAAGAAAAAUUAGCCGCGCCUAUCUGUGUAUGUAAAUCUAACGUUUUUUGAGGUUAAGCAAACAAAUCUGUCUAGGGUAUAUUUUUAGCAAAGAUGAGCGAGACGAAAGGAGAGCAAGAGAAGGGAAAUACCAAUUUUUCCAAUUAGUCAGAAUCAAUGCUUCUUUCGUUUUUUGGGUAAAAAUUGAGAGAUAGACUUGGUCGGUUAAUAGUAAUUAUUAUUUACACUAGAAACUGCUCCGUAGCUGGAUCUAUAUAUUCGGACUAAAGCGAAACACACAAAGUAACGCCGGAAAAAUGGCCACGCGUUCGCGCCAGCUAUUGAGGGAACAGUAGGGAAGAAAAACAUUACGUUUAGUUGUUAUGUAAGUUUAGAUAAUCUAACUUUCUUUUAAAAUCUGGAAAACAAAAAACACAAACAAAUUCGAAGAUACGUUAACCCGUUUUGUACCAUUAGCACUAUCAUUUGCCAAAAACGAAACUUUUCCAACUUAUUUUUUAUUCUGAACCUGCAUUCAUCGAUGCUCUUUCGGGAUGAGGCUUCCUUCCGGAAGAGAGUCGCUAUCGUUUUUGUACUAUUAUUUUGUAAAAUAUGCGAAAAACCAUAACUAAUGCUAUUCUAUUUUCCAAAGUGAACCGAUGAGAUUUGAAAUCGAAAACACACUCACACACAUACAUGGAUUGCAUACAUACAUUGAUAAAAAGUUACGCUGAGAUGUGUUAGAAAAAGAAAACCUAUGAAACAAAACCACAACCAAUGAGUGUAUGAGCAAAGUUCUAAGCUACGAGAAUCAAUUUGUAUGAGACAUUGAAUUACUAAAACACAAACUUGCAUAAAAUAGAACCAACAGCACCCUUGCAUGCAUGCAUAAAAUGGUGCAUCGGUGUGGCAAAACUGGUACGACGAUGGCGUAGGAAGCAAGAGCAAAACAAAAAUUAACCUAUUUUUAUCAGUAAAAUUUUGUAUUCAGUCACCACGAUAACUGGAAGCAUACAAAAUCCGAUCAUUCUCAUAAAUUGCAAAAAAACAGCAUCAGAACAACAGACGUGAAAAAAAGAAGACAAACAACUUGGUAGGCAAGGAAACCUAGGUAUGCAAAAUGUUGUGCAGUGAUCUAAAAUUCCAAACUAGUGAACAGCAAAUCAUCAGAGGAAACAAUGUGUAAUAAAUGAAAAACUGAAAACUGAAAA